UUAUGGCAAACAUAAAUAUGGUGAAAAAACAGAGCAUGGGAAGACAGAAGAUCGAAAUCAAAAAAAUUGAGAAGAAAAGUUCCUUGGAGGUCACCUUCUCCAAGCGUCGAACAGGACUCUUCAAGAAGGCCGGCGAGCUCUGCGUUUUGUGCGGUGCUGAGGCCGCCGUCAUCGUCUUCUCUCCGGGCAGGAGGGCCUUCGUCUUCGGCCACCCCUCUGCGGACGCUGUCAUCGAUCGCUUCCUCCAUCGCGAGACCAACUCUCGUGCGCUUGUUCCGGCGGGACAGGUGCACGGACACGUUCAGAGGCAAUACUUGGAGGCUCUUGGAAGGCUGGAGGUGAAGAAGGAGCAAGAAGAGACGGUGGGGGGAGAUGGGGAGGGUGGGUUUUGGUGGGACGCGCCCAUUGAGAACAUGGGGUUGAAUGAACUGGAGCAGUUCAGGGGUUCCCUUGAGGAGCUGAGGAAGAAGGUGGCGGAUCGAGUGGAGGAGAUGACCAUGAUGAUGAUGAUGGAGAGCGGUCCUUCUUCGACUGCCAUGGUUGAAUAUGCAGCGCCACCGCAGGAGUAUAAUUCUUCUGGUGGUGUUCUGCAUGGCCAUGAUUUGGCUGCACAGGGUGUUCCUCAUGGUUUCGAUUUUGGGUUCGGUUUCGACGAACACCUUUUCUGAUGUACAUUCCUUUGGUUUUUUUUAUUUUAUCUUUCUCUCGCUCCCUGUUCCGUCCGUACUUCGCAAAAUAGUACUACCCCAUAUAUCAUUAUCUUUCUCCUGAGGUAUUCAUUAGACUAGUUAUGAUGAUGGAUAUCUUCCUUUGCCUUCC